CCAUACGAAUAGUCAGGUAUAUUUUUCAAAUCCGACAACAGAAAAAAAAACGUUUGUAUUAACUUUCUGCAGAAACCUUUGAAAAUAUCAAGUAAAAUUAAAAGUGUGUAAAGACUAACAAACUUCAACGGCAGAACUAAGAGAUCUUAUGAUAAUUUAAUUUCCAAGGAAAGUCUUUGAUUUCUUCAAGUCCGACAAAAGAUCAAACUACUUUCGUGCUGAUUUACUUUAAAGAUAUCAGUAGCACACUUAAACGAUGUCCCAGAAUUAUAGCAUUAUUCCGGGAACAAAGCUCGAGGACUUGGUGGCCUGUCCCUACGACAGCAACUAUCGCCUGCUUCCCAGUCGCCUGGCCGUGCACCUUGUACGCUGCGGACGCAACUAUUCUUCCAAACAGAAGGAGCUGUGCGGGCAAACUUGCGCCCAAAUCCACUCGAUGAUGGAGAUGAAGGCGCAUGCUAAAGUCUGCCCAAAUGGGUGUGCAUUAGAAAAGGCUAUGAAUCCGGUCAUGGUGACACAGGAGAAGGCACAACCUUCCGAUUUCUGUAUGGAGUCUACUGAGGACUGGGAUGCUGAGCCACCAUCAGGAACAUACGAUCCGUUGGACCAUUGCGAAAAGGACUUUAUCAUUCGCAAUCCCCAGGGAAAUGCGCCGGCGGCACGUCGCGAGUUUCGUGCUCGCGAGCGCCGUCGUUUCGUCGAGAACAACAAGUUCUAGGAUCUGGAUAUUCAUCAAAACCGACUUUUCCUUAUUACCAAAAUCUUAUAAACUUUUAUAAUUGUAAUUAUAAAUUUACAUUAAGCACAUGUCUUGGAGU